AUGAACUCAUAAAAUGACCAAGAAAGGUUGGGUUAAGUUGAAUAAGGAUUAGGAGAAGUAUUUGUACCAGCUUAGGUUGUGAAAAAUUUUAAUCAAAUGGUAGCUAAUCCUCAACAAGUAUAAUUUAUUAUUUACUAUAGCUACAGUUACCAUCUGAUAGAUCAAUAAAACCUCCUACAGAAACUAAUGGUCCAAAUUAAAUAUCUCUAGUAAAGGUUUAGACUUAUUUAGUUAACUUAGAAAUAGCAAGCUUAACCUUUAAUUAAGAAGGCUGAUCCUGAUCCUUAGGAAACAAAAAAAUAGUCCAAACCUAUGCGAGGUUCUGUUCAUUUGAGUUAAGAUGAUGUCUCUAUUAAAAGUUAAGGAGAUUCCAAACCUUCUCAAUAAUGUACUUCUUUUUGAUUUACUGUAUUAGUAUAACAAUAGAGACGUCUAAAAAGAAUGAACAGUAGAGUUAAGAUUCGACAUUCUCAAUUAAAACAACAAUCUGAUUUAUCAAAAAGGAUAUUGAAGAUAACAGAAAGCACAGUAUUUUCAAUAAUUAUGGCAAUCGUUACUAUAUAUGCAUUAUUUGGUGAUGAUGUUCGAAUACUAUCAGUAGAUAAGUAAGGAGAUGAUGUAUUCUUUGUUCUAACUGUUAUAUGCAUGGUUGCAUUUAUAGUAGAAAUUACACUUACUAGUAUUGCAAAACCAGAAUAUAUAUUCAAUGUAAGUUAAAUCAAUAAUUUAGUUUUAUUUUAUAUUAGAUGUUAUUUCAACAAUAACAAUGAUAUUAGAUUUAGGUUGGAUAACAGAUACAUGGUAUUCUGGAGAUUUAACAAGUGCAGCUUAAAUUAAAUCAAUUGGAACAGCAUCUAGAGCUGCAAGAAAAGCAGCAAGAGUUAUUAGAGUUAUAAGACUUGUAAGAUUAGUCAAACUAUAUAAACAUGCACGUUAGUAGAUGGAAAGAGAAUAGCAAAAAAAAUUACUUUAAGAUUUAUUAAGAUAAGCAUAAUAAAGUAAAAAUUAAGAUUAAUAAUAAUAAUAAUAAUAAUAAUAAUAAUAAUAAUAAAAUAUAUCUAUUAAUUAAAUUUUACCAUAAAAUGAAGAAUCAAGAAAUUCAUAAAAUGAAAUUGAAGGUGCCUAAAUAGCUGAUAGAAAUUAAAAUUCUCAAUAAAAAUCUUCUCAAUAAUCAUCUUAAGCAGAAAAUUAAAUAAAAGAAUCAAUAGUUGGAGCAUAAUUAUCUGAUUUAGUAAUGAGAAGGGUCAUUACUAUUAUUUUAGCAAUAUUAAUAAGUAUACCUAUUCUUUCCUUAGAUACUUAUUAAGAAACAAUCAGUAGUUAUGAUUCCGGAAUUUACCGAAUUUAUUAAUUUAAAGAUAAGCCUGAUAUAAUGAAAUCUCUUUUAUAUCAAUAUGCCUAAUUUCAUAUUGGUGAGAUAUAUCCAAUUUAUAGUGUUGAUGUUAAUUUGAAAGGAGAUGGAAAUACAAAUCUAAAUGAAUGGAAUUAUUAGACAAAUUCUGAAAUUUUCGAAGUUCCUGCAUAUGAAAAUAAAGAAUAAUAUAGAUUUUCAGAUUUAUAAUAUUAUGUAAAAUCUGAUGGAUCGAACCUUUAAUGUUAUGCAGCAGCUGAUUUAGUUGUUUAUAAUUAAACAAAUGCUAUUUUAUCAAUAUUUUAAACAAUAUUUGUUUGUAUAGUUUUAGCAGUAUCAGCUAUAAUGUUUAAUAAAGAUGUGUCAGAUUUAGUUAUUGAUCCUAUAGAAGGAAUGAUGUAGAAGAUAGAAAUGAUAGCAGCAAAUCCACUAGAAGCAGUAAAUAUUGAAGAAUAAGAAGAUUUAAUUAUGGAGGAAUUAGAAAAAAGUUAAGAUGUGGAGAAAAUAAAAUAGAAAGAGAUUGAAAAACAUAUGGAGACAUAUGUUCUUUAAAGAUUAAUAAUGAAAGUAGGUGCAUUAUUGGCAGUUGGAUUUGGAGAAGCAGGUUCUGAGAUUAUUGCUGAAAAUAUAAAAAAGGGAGGUAGUGUAGAUCCUAUGAUUCCAGGAAAAAAGAUAUUAGCAAUAUUUGGAUUUUGUGAUAUUAGAAAUUUCACUGAUGUAAAUAUAUAAUAAAUAAAAAAAUAGGCUACUGAAGUAUUAUAAUAAGGGGUAAUGGUUUUUGUUAAUGAGAUUGCUGAGAUUGUACAUUCAACUGUUGAUUCUAUGAGUGGAUCAGCAAAUAAAAAUAUAGGUGAUGCUUUUCUUUUAGUUUGGAAAUAUUCUCCUGAUGAUUAUCAUCCAGAUCCUGAUAAUCCUAAAAGUUUAAAAUUAAAAAAUGAAAGAUACAUAAAAUAAAAAGGAGAUAUGGCAGUAAUGGCAUUUCUUAAAAUUAUAACUGCAAUUUCUAUUUCUAAAAAGCUUGAGAAAUAUAAGAAACAUGAAGGUUUAAAUGCUAGAAUGAAAGAUUAUUCUGUUAAGAUGGGUUUUGGUUUACAUAUGGGUUGGGGUAUAGAAGGAGCAAUAGGUUCUGGAUUUAAAAUCGAUGCUUCAUAUCUUAGUCCUAAUGUUAAUAUGGCAUCAAGAUUAGAAGCAGCAACAAAAUAAUUUGGAGCACUUAUUCUUGUUAGUGGUAUUCUAAAAUAGUAUUUGACUGAUGAAUGCUAAAAACAAAUGAGAAUGAUUGACAUCGUUACUGUUAAAGGAAGUAUUGUUCCUCUAGGUAUUCAAUUAUUCUAUUUUAAGAACUACAUACUGUAGAUAUGUCAAUCAAAAAUUUAUAAUCUAAAAUCGAAAUUCUUAGAGAUAAAUUUGAUGUAUCUUAAAUGACUUAAAAAGAAUCAAAAAAAUUUAGAGUUUUAAAUAGAUUUAAAAGAGACCAAUAGAUGAAAUAAGUUAUGAAUAAUUAAACAAAUAUUACUAAUCUUUUUGAAAAAGAUGAUGAAUUAGCAGCUGCUAGAGAACCAUAUACAUAAGUAAUUUAUGAUUAUUUUUUAAUCUAGUAAUUUUAUGAAACUUGGAAAUAAGGAUUUGAUUAAUAUAUCAAAGGAAACUGGGGAGAUGCAUAAUCUAUAUUCUCAAAAACUUUAGUAUUAAAUUUUAAUUUAAUAUUUAGACAAUGAUUCCAGAACAUAAGGAUGGACCAUCAAAUACUCUUUUAGAAGUUAUUCAUUCUAGUGGAGGUAAGGCUCCAAAAGAUUGGAAAGGUUUUAGAGAGCUUACAGAAAAAUGA